GUGGAGCCCGUUUGUCGUGAGCAGCCGUGUCGGUGGGACGGAGGGCGGGCUUCCCCCUGGCCUGGGGAGGAGACAUGGUCAGAUUGUCCGGUACAGGAGCUCCUUCCUUCCUUUGCCACCUCACGGUGCUACAGAAUCGAUAUUAAGUGCAUUAUUAUUUUUUUUCUGCCUCUUUUUAUUUUUUUUUUUCAUGGGUAGAAUGAUAAUUCUCGCAGGUUUUAUGGUUUACUGUUGAAAGAGACGUUGGUCACUGCUUAGGUUUACUGUAGCCAUGUCAGGAUCAGCCCCAGAGGAGCCCCAGACCUCCGUCCCUCAGAGCACAGCGAGCGCUCCUGAUCCCGCUCCGGUGGCUGCUGGACCUGGAAGCUCAAGUGACGUUUCCUUUGGUGAGCAAAAUCUUAGCUUCACCACCACAGACGUCAGCCUGGUGGAGAUGAUGGAAAUUGAAUAUACCCAGCUGCAGCACAUACUUUACUCGCACGCGGAGGCACAAGCUAGUGAAGGUGAAGUGGAAGCUAGGCUCAAUUCUCUCUCCUCGCCCGGUAACUCUGCAGACCCCCCUGUGCACCAGACCUCCCUGAACAGCAGUCAGGAGGGGUGUUCAUCAAACAGCUCGGGGAACCAGUCGGUUUACCCAGUUCCCUGUCAGUUGGGGUUAACUUCUGACAGCAGUUUGCUGGGCUCCAACCCGCGUUUGGGCUAUGCUGACUUUCAGGAGCUCAGGAUGAUGCUGCUGAGCGAGUCCAACCUCCCUUUGAGCCGAACAGAUAAAACGUCUAACGGUGGCUCAGUAGAAGUCCCAGGAUACAGCUUAGUGAAAGUUAAACAUGAUGAAAGUUUUGAUGGGGCGAAUAAAGAAAAUGUUCUUGUUGAAAAUUCGGCACUGGCACCAGAGCCUAGAUCUAAAUCUGCAGUCAGAGUUCGGUUGGAAGACAGAUUCAACAGCAUCCAGACAGAAAACCCCAGAUGUCAAGAACCCCAAGAAUCUGGAGUAACUCUUAACAAUUUAGUAACGUUGAUUCGCCAGCCCUCAGAACUGAUCGGUGUUCCUCUUCAUCAGCAAGAGAACAAGUGUGUGGCAUUGGGGAAAAAUAAGCCUGCACCCGCCGCGCCUUCUCUGCAGUUCACCUACCCCUUAUUUACCAUGAACGCCUGCUCUGCUGCGGGAGGAGCUAACCCUGCACAAGCACAGGCCUCUGGAACAUCUUGCACUAUUUUGGAAGCUGCCAAACAUCAAGACCUUGGGAUACCCAAGACAUUCUCAUUCUGCUAUCAGGAAAUCGAAUCCACAAAACAGACAGUAGGUGCUAUGAAUAAAGCGUUGCCUGAGGAAGUUUGGAUUAAAGUUGGAGACACCAUAUGCAAGCAAGCCAUAAACAGAAGAAGCUGCAGCCGGGUCAGCCCCUCGGAUUCCAACGUCGAUCGCAAACCUCUGAGUGAAAUUCAGAACGUGAGUGACGAUACCCAGAGCUCUGCCCCAGCCCAGGGCCCCUGGCAGCCCCCCCAGGCUCACCCCAGUCUGCAGGGGCAGAGCGGGACACAGGAGGGGAUCGACCAGCGAAGGGAGAGACACAACCGCAUGGAGAGAGACAGGAGGCGCAGGAUCCGGAUUUGCUGUGACGAGCUCAAUCUCCUGGUCCCCUUCUGCACCAUCGACACCGAUAAAGCAACGACUUUACAGUGGACAACUUCAUUUCUGAAGUACAUUCAGGAAAGGCACGGUGACUCUCUGAAAAAGGAAUUUGAGACUCUGUUCUGUGGUAAAACAGGCAGGAGGCUAAAAAUAGCAAGAUCAGACUCAUUUGUAACGUGCCCAGUGCAGGAAAACCGCAUGGCUAUGGAGACCAAGUAGCCUGAACUGACCGCCUUGAGUUGUGUGACAAGUGUGGCUGGCUAACAGUGGCCCAAACUGUAAUUUAUUCUCUCUGUUUACAUCCUGAAUAUGAAUUGCAAACCGUAACUUGUAAUAAUAUAGAAAUAGAGCUUUAAAGAAAACUUUAUUCAAAACAGAAACCAAAGUUAACCACCAGCAAUAGCAAUCAGUGCUCUCUUAAAGGGGCUUUGGGACCAGAAGCUACAAGAAAAUGUCAUGACAGCUAAGUAUUUUUCCCCUUUAGUUACCAGAAAACUGCGUUCUUUUUCUGUUUCUGGUUCUGCUUUGGGUUUUUUUGUUUGUGUUGUAGCAUUGAUUUUUUUUAAAGAUGCUGCAGUACAGUUAGGUAGAGUUGUAGACUGUCAGUCUGUCCUGUUAUUUUAAUGACUAGAUGCAAAUGUACUGUUCAAUGUAAAAAGAAAUUAGUUUCCACAUUCUAAUGGCCAUUUUUUCCAUUAAAAUUUUCAAGGCUGUAUUGGUUAAUUGAAUCAGUGCAUGGUUUCUAAACUGUGCUGAUACUAUGAAGUCCAUAUUUGCUGUAGAUAUUUUAAUAUACUCGGUCCCAAAGAGUAAACCAAUGGUGUUAGCAUUUUUUUUAAAUAUAGUCCUGUUUUUAAUGUCUAUCACACAACUGUCCAACAGGUUCUUAGGUUGUUACUUUAGUCCAAGAGUGGCACAUUGUAAACAGUAGAUUAUUUAAAUGCAGAAACUAUUUUCAUAUUUCGAGAUUAAUAUGACUCCUCUGUUCAUAAGUUUUAGCAUAUAGGGCAGGAAUAGAAUAGUGGGUGAGCUGAGAGUGGUUUUAUUCAUUUUUUAAGAUAGAUGAUGCUGGCAGGUUUUAAAGUACAAAAAGGUCUCCCAAAAUAAUCCUGUUUUAAAUCACGGAUAUGGACAAUUUUGCUGCAAUUUAUUUCCAAACAAUCCUAGUAAAACCGUUCAGCUGA